UGGGCGAGAAGUUGACAAGAAUUGUCUAUAAAAUACCGUCUCCCCUUCGCGGAACAGAAACAUUUUUUCAUCACAGCACCCAACACUCCAAAGUCAACAGACCAAGCAAACUACUACUACCUACUCACUUCUCAACUCAAUCCACACUCAGUCUUGUCAAGAUGGUUCAAAUGACGGCAGUCUUGUUCCUCGCGGCGGCGAACUCCGUCCUUGGAGGUGUGGUCCCCUACAAGUCCUUUUACCCUAAGGUCGUCACCGUAACCGAGGUCGAGACAUCGAUCACCACUGCCACCGAGGUCGAGACAUCGAUCACCACUGCCACCGAGGUCGAGACAUCGAUCACCACUGCCACCGAUGUCGAGACAUCGAUCACCACUGCCACCAAGGUCGAGACCGUAGUGGUACCCUCCCCCACUACGGUUACGGUCACUGUCACCAAGAAGCAUGGAAAAGGUCAUCACAAGUACCCGUACUACUAUGUGACCGCCACUCCGACACCCAGUGAGACUCCCAGUGCUUCUGAGACUCCCAGUGCCUCUGAGACUCCCAGUGCCUCUGAGACUCCCAGUGCCUCUGAGACUCCCAGUGCCUCUGAGUCUCCCAGUGCCUCUCCGACACACUAUGCCUGGAACAGGCUGUAAAGCCCCGACGCCUCAUGCACGAAACAUUGCGCUAUGUUUCGUGAAAGUUUAUGGUCACCUUGAGGGCCAUGAGAUGUUUGCUUGCAUGACUUUGGGGGAUAAAAGAGAAGCAGAAGAUGGUACUACACUAGGUAUCAACGAAGGUGAAAGUCUUGCGGCUUUUGACUUGGCGGAAGGGAUACAUCAAUGUAUUUCGAACAUUUGGGAGACCCCAGUGUUCAAAGGCGCCGGUGUAUACUUGGCAUUCCGGCUGGACCAUGUCCGGUCCGAAGUGCCAGACACAGCAUCGGGUCUUAGAUACCUAGGUAGUUUAGUCAUCUAAAGAGAAAAGGUCC